CCGAACAGCAGGACCAAAACGUGUGUAAACAAAGCCCAACGUCACUCGUAUUUAAGCCUGGAAAUUCCUGUUUAGGGUGACGAGACAGCAAAAUGCAUGCUAUUGAGGGAUCGGGGAAUGUCCCGGCGUUUUUGACAAAGCUCUGGAGACUUGUAGACGACGUGAAAACCAACGAUUUGAUAUGUUGGACACAGAAUGGACGAAGCUUUAUCAUUCGGAAUCAGGCCAGGUUUUCUCGUGAUCUUCUACCACAAUACUACAAGCACAACAACAUGGCAAGCUUUGUGAGACAACUGAACAUGUAUGGGUUUCACAAGGUGGUCUCAGCAGACUCUGGAGGCCUGAGAUUGGAGAGAGAUGAGAUGGAGUUUGCGCACCCACACUUUUUGCGUGGCCAAGAAGCCCUCAUUGAGAACAUUAAGAGAAAGCAACAGCGUAGACUUGCAAGCGAUGGAGUCGAAUUUUCCCAGAUACCAACAAGCCGCACAGUGAUCUUGGAGGAAAACAAGAGUGUCAGCAAGCUGCUUAGUGAUGUGAGGGACAUGAAGCGCGACCAAGAUUCUAUGAGUACAAAACUGUUAGGCCUUAAACGGGAAAAUGAAGCCCUGUGGAGAGAGUAUGCAAGUAUGAGACAAAAGUUUUCCAAGCAGCAGCAGAUCAUAGAGAAGCUCAUUCACUUCCUCAUUGCCAUGGUCAAAUCACCCUCAAAAACACUAGCACCCAAGAGAAAAUUUGGUCACCUUGCAUUAGAAGGUGGUGAAGAUGCUACAUCAGCCACAGCCAAGUUGAACAACCUCACCCAGUUUACCCAAGGACCUGCAAUGGAUGUGGUUAGUGGAAGCACCAGUGGAAUAGGUGGUGCCCAGAUCCAUGAAGUUACAGAUGUGAUUGAUUCAGAAGACCCAGAGAUGAUCACCAACAUCUUCACCGUGUCUGAAGAAAACGAGUCAGGAGUCGAGCAAGUGCCGUUACUACAGACCACUACCUCGAGAGUGCCAGAGGAUUUGGCUGAAACCUUUGAAGAAAUCUGCGAAGACCCCCUGGAACCUGAAACAAUACUAAUGUUAAAGUCUGAUGCACUCCCAGUUUCAACGUCCACAGCAGUUCCAACUGUGGUGAGUCCUGGGGGAACCACAAUAACAGAAGCAAACACAGAAUUCCCUGAACUAAAUCUGGAUGAAGCGCCACUCAGUCCAGAACUCCUAGAAACUGUUGACCCAAGUGCUGUAACCCAGUCAUUCAAAUAUGCCUCAAGCAAUUCAGCUGUCAGUUCCAGUGGCAGCAAUGGUGUGAUAGCCAAUCCUGGCACAAGCAGCAGAACUCAGGCCCCAUCCACAAGUACCCAGAUAGCUGUACCACAGAAGGGCAAAAAUAAGUCCAUGAAGAGACAGAAAACUCCUCCAAAGACCAAGCCUACCUUGAGUGUUGCAGUCCCAGAAAAGUCUCUGCAGAAGUAAGUUCACUGACAAUGUUAAGAGGUUGCCAAGAAUAGCAAGGGGGUGGGGCAAAAGUAAGACAUUUAGUAAAGACUUCAAAAGUUUUGUUUGUAACCUUUUGGUUUCCUGUUGUGGUAUGUAAAACAGCUACUGUUAGACUUUUGGUUGAU